AAUCUUGAGGAUCACUUGACCACUGCUGUAAAGAGUGCUGAUAACUUUUUAUGUCACUGUUUGUUUUGUUCCUGUUUUUCUGUUGAACCUACGUACAGGAAUGAUUGCAACUGUAUUAAAGGACUGAUGGGCUUGUGUACUAGAAUGAAAUUAUUAAGUUACUUAGGAAAACAAGUAACACUGAGGUUUUCAUAAGUCAGUUGUAGCUGGACUCCAGGCUCGCUGUGACAUAUUCACUGUAAAGAUUCCGCAAGAAGAACAGUGUCACGCGCCUUGUGACAUUUGCAUGGUUUCCGGAUAGUUGGUCAAGGCUUACUCAAAGAUGGAUGUUGUCUUUCUGUGCUGAUUACAAGUCCACACACUUCAGUUCAUGUCUGUUGGCAACAGAAACAGUUUUAAACGUCAUUAUUGAACUUUUAGAUACAGCUUAACGUGGAUCAGGUAUGGAAUAUGGCUGCGUCUGAGCUGAUGCGGAGUCUUGGACUGAUUGAGAAAGAUGUAAAUGCAGACACACUUUGGGUUUGGUGCUAUCCUUCCAUCACUGCUGAUCUGAGAGAGGUUCUGUUGAGAAAAUGUUGCCUGGCUUUGGAGAAUCAGCUUCUGCACACGUUUCUGUUCGGCCAAUACUGUCGAACCUGGUACUACAUCAGCUCUGUAGAGGUCCAGGAGCCCACUGCACUUAAAAAGGUGACACAUUUUUCAGUUGUUGUCACAGCUAAGGACUUCAACCCUGAAAAAUACGCUGCAUUUUGUAGAGUUCUGUGCAGGAUGUAUAUGAAACAUGGAAGUCCUGUGGAGAUGAUGGAGGGCUACAUUGCUGUUCUGACCAAAGGCAUAUGUCAGAGUGAUGAGAAUGGCUCAUUCCUCAUCAAAGAUUAUGAUGUCAGGAAGGCCUACUUGGCUGGCUCCUUGAAAGAUGUUGUGUCUCAGUUUGGUAUGGAGACCAUUAUCCUUUACACAGCACUGAUGCUGAAGAAGAGAGUGGUAGUCUAUCAUCCACGGAUUGAGGUGCUUCUGGAGUUUACAAGAGCUCUUCCAGCCUUGGUAUGGCAUAGGAAAGACUGGUCCAUCCUUCACCCUUUUGUUCACAUAGAUAAUAAUGAGCUGGAGAACCUCAAGCUUUGUACAGGGUAUGUUGCAGGAUUUGUAGAUCUGGAAGUUAGAGACAGAUCAGACCUGUUUGAUGUGUUUGUUAAUCUUCCAGAAAGUGAGAUUAUUGUAUCACAAAAUGCUAAAGAGGCAAUGGCUAUGGGAAAAUUGCAUAAAGAAAUAGGCCACUUUAUUCUUCAGGCUGCAGAGGAUGCUGACUGCACAGAUGCGCAGGUUAUUAAGGAUAUAUCAGUAAAAACUAAAGAGAUCCUGAGUAACCUGAUGUCUCUUGCUGAUGAAGAAGAGAACUCCAGGUUAACUUUGGAGACUCUGAAGCAACGGCACUACCCUCCAGCAACUGAAAAUUUCCUCUUCCACUUAGCUGCAGCUGAGCAACUCCUGAAGAUCUGACCA